AUGGAACCGAACCUGCGCCGGAGAGGCGGAAGGACCCGGGUUCUGACCUCGGCUCCGCCGCUUGCCUGCUCCUCGACGGGCCGACGGGAAGCGGCCUGGGCCCGAGCAACAGUGGCGGGGGCGGCGGCCCGGGGGCUGCUGGGAAGAUGGCGGACCCCGCCGGCCCCAAACGGCUCCCUGGCAGCAGCGGCGGCGGCGGCGGCAGCGGCCUCCUCCUCCUCCUCCUCCUCUUCCCGGGUGCCCAGUGCCAUGCUCCGCGCCCUGCUCCGCGCCCGCCACGCCCCAGCCGGACUCCCCGUCCCGCUGCCCCCGGGGGCCCGGCCCUGCCACGGGGCGGCCGGUGAGCGCGGGGAGGCCGGUGAGCACAGGGCGGCCGGUGAGCGCGGGGCGGCCGGCUCGGACUGGACCCCGCGGAGGCUGCCGGAGCGGGCCGGGGGGCCCGGGGAGCCGCCGUGUCGGCCGGGCCAGAGCCCCGCCGAGGCGGGCGCGUGGCAUCACCCCGUGGUCCCUCGGCAGCUCGGCCGGCCACCCGUGGCGGAGCGGCGGCCCAUGCGGGACCUGAGCCGGCUCGUCGCCCGCCGCCACCGCCGCCGCCCCUCCUUCGACACCUCCGCCGUCCGCGCCUGCCUGCCCGUCGACGCCUCUCUAGGUUUCCCUGAGGACAGAGCCCCGGUCCAGGCGCUGGAGCAGGAGCCUGGACGCCGGAUCUCCCGGGAGCAGCCCGCGCCCGGGACGCAGGGGCCGGCGGCGCUCCCAGCCGGGCACCGGGGCCUGGAGGCUGCCCUCAGUUGGCGCCGCUUCCUGCGGUACCCCCCGCAGCAGCUGCUGCGCAGCAUCGCAGAGGUGGGCCCGGAAGGACUGACCCCCCACGGCAUGGUGCUACUUGCCCAACACCUGGCCCGGCACCGGCUCCGGGAGCCCCGCCUCCUCGAUGCCAUCGCCCACUUCCUCGUGGCCCAGGCGGCCCAGCUGGACGGCAAGGUGGUUCAGAAGCUGCUGCUGCCCUUCGGGCGGCUGAAUUACCUGCCUCGGCACGAGCUGUUCGUGCCCUGCCUGGAACGGCUCCUGGCCCGGGAGGCGGGCGCCGCCCCCCUCGCCACCGUCAACAUCUUGAUGUCGCUGUGCCAGCUGCGCUGCCUGCCCCUGCCCACCCUGCACCUCGUCUUCUCCCCGACCUUCAUCCGCAAUGUCAUCGGCAGCCCCCACGCCCUCAUCAUGCACCGCUACCUCUCCCUGCUGGACACGGCCGUGCAGCUGGAGCUCCCCGGGUACCAAGGCCCCCGCCUGCCCCCCCGGCACCGCGUGCCCAUCUUCCCCCAGCCCCUCACCGCUGACCACGCCCGCUGCAAAUACAGUCACAAGUGGUGGGUGGCGGAAGGCCUGCGGCAGCUCCUGGGUAAAGACAAUUACCGCCAGGAUCUGGUUGUGCCUCCAGGGUACUGUACAGGGCCGGGACCGUCCUCCGCGCCACCGGCCGGGACCUCACGCUGCCCUACCCCCCCCCCCCCCCCCCCCAAGACCAAGGAAUCCGUCCUCAGGGUAGCGCUGACGGUGCAGGAACGCUGGCACUUCUGUCGCGACGGGACCGUGCUGCUCGGCUCCCGGGCCCUGCGUGAGCGACACCUGCAGCUGCUGGGAUAUCAGCUUGUACCCCUGCCCUACCCGGAGCUGGAGGCCGUGCGGGGCCUCCCCCAGCUGAAACGCUACCUGAGCCGAAAGCUGCACGCCGCCGUGGGCCUGCGCCAGGGGCCGGCGGGGGGCUGAGGACCCUCCACGCCCCCCGCUCUGGGGCUGUUUGCACUUUGGUUCUGAUAAAAGCCACUUUCCGUCCCC